CAUCAACAACAAAGCAAGUCGCGUAACAUCCUCGUACUUUUGGCCAUCAAAAUCAUACUAAUUAAUUAAGGUUCUGAUCAAAAUUAAGUUUUAAAUAAUAGUGUUAAGUGUAUUGUGUCUGUGUAAAAUGGAAACAAGUGUGGUCGAAGCAGAUAUGUGUUGUCAGACCUGUCUUGGCCCAUCAGUAUUUUUAACAUCGAAUCCAGUGAAUUCGAACAACCUAAUAGCACCAAUAACAACGACUACAACAGAAGAUAUUGGAAAAGGAACCAACUGUCUUCUCUCACUUUUUUCAGUUCUAGAUGAUUUUGAUGGAUAUACGCUUGGCGAUUUGUUGCGUAUUUGUUGCGAUGUUGAGAUUAAAAUGGGAGACCGGCUCAAGUAUCUCUGUGAAGAAUGUACGACGACAUUGCUAAUUAUGUACAAAUUCAGAGUCAAGGCAAAAGAAGCUCAGCGAAUUUUGGAAUUACAUGAUGCCCCUAGCAAAGGUCUAAAUAAUGUUCUGGUAGACGAAAAUCCAACCAACUUUCUGACAGAAAUGGCUGACCAUACGAAUACUGUGACUAAUGAGAUCGGGGACUUUUCAUUGCAAACUAUGCAAUUGCUGCAACAAUGUGGAUCAUUUUGUGGUGACUUAGAGUCCUUAAACGAAGAAUCGCGUGGCACGGAAAAUUCUCCACCUCCUAGCAGUACAGCUACAACAACUGUUGAGUCCGUUUCGUCACUGAACAACUCAGCAGAAAAUUCUGGGGAUGAUGAGAUAAUAAACUAUGUGUUACCAAUAAUUCGUCCAAAGAAUUGUAUAGAUCAUUCGGUAGAACAACAACCUCUGAUUAGACUAAAAAGAAAAUGUCGUCGAAGUGUAAAAGAAACUCCUAUUAAUUAUAAAUGCAAACAAUGUGGAGCAGGGUUUUUCAUACUUAAAAACUUAGUCUCGCAUUUGACUCUGGUACAUGGAAUACAAGAGAAGUACCGUUGUCGUAUAUGUGACGAAGAAACUACGAACAUUGACGAUUACUUGGAUCAUCAGAACAAACAUGUGGUGAUAAAGGAAGUUUCAAGCACAACUGAAAGUCCAAUUGAAACCAACGUGAAACGUGUUGAAACAAAAAAACUCUUUAAGUGCGAUCAUUGUCCAAAAACUUUUAUGUCCAAAUCUUCAUUACAGGCGCACAUACGGGUCCACACAGGAGAGCGUCCAUUCCAGUGUAGCAAGUGCGAAAAACAUUUCAAAACAGUAGGUGCUUUAGAGUUACAUGAAAGACGUCACGCUGGUAUUAAGCCCUAUGUUUGUACAUAUUGUGGCAAAAGUUUUGUUGAAAGCAGUAAUCUUAAGGUACACGUGAGAUCACAUACAAAUGAAAAACCACAUAUAUGCGUACAUUGCGGACGUGGAUUUUCCCGAGUUUUUUUAUUACAAAUACAUACAAGAACUCAUACAGGGGAACGUCCAUAUCAAUGUAACAUAUGUAAUAAAGCAUUUUCCCAGCGAGGAGAUUUAAAAUCACACAAAAAAAUACAUACGAAUGACAGACCCUUUAUAUGUGAGCUUUGUGGAAAAAGAUUCAUAAAGAACAGUAGUUUGAAUCAACAUAAACGCAAUCACAAAAGUUGUCUCGGAAAGAUGAUAUUACCUGAUAGUGCAGGCUCGAUUUUUGACAACGUAACGCCAUUACCAGUGUUUGAAAGUAAUUUUUUACAUCUGUAUUUCUACAUAAACAAGGAUGAAGAUGAAUUAACGAUUGUGAUCUUAAUCUAGAAGAUAAGAAAAUUUAGGAUUUCAAAAAAAAAAUAAUAAUAAGACUGAAACCAUUGGCUGUUAUUUUUAGGCAUUUUUUUUAUUAUUAUUAUUAAAUAUU